AUGGAGAUCGCCAUCGUUUCCGACGCGAUCUUAUCGAUCGCUCACUCAGCGCAGUCGCUAGGCUUUUCGAGCCUCCUCCUCAAUCGCCCGCACAACGUUCUUUCCCUCCACGACACGUCACCGGAUCAAGCAUCGCAAUCGCCGCCUCCGUUCCAAAUCUCGGCUGCUUCUCCGCCGCCCACGCGGACGCUGACGAGGCGGCGGCUCCGGAGAUCCCGCCGCGUGAAGCGGAAAAUCGCGGCUGAUGAUGGCGGCGAUUUCAGCAACGAGGAUGCGCGUUUUGUUUUUGGUGGUGAUGGAGGGAAUUUCAAUAAUGGUGAUGGAUAUUUUGGGGGAGGUGGUGGUGGGGGCAAGGGGUGGAAUUUUGGUGGCUACGGAGGGGCUAAUUGGGAAGAGUAUCCGAAUAAUUCGAUACAUGAUCCGGCGUUUGAUGUUGUUUAUGAGGUAUUGUGCUGGAUUGCAAUGUCAAAUUGCUUGCAUUUUGCGGUGAAAAAGGUGGUUAAGUUGGUUGCUGAUGGUUUUGGUGAUCGGGAAAAGCUACAAAUGCAACUGACUCCGGUCUGCUAG